GGUUUCAGUCUCCAAGCCCCUAAAAUAAAACACCUCACAUAGUUCAUGCGAGCUACGCCUAUUUCUUAUUUUCACCACAGUAACAUUCAAGUUAAUUCUCCGCAUUCCAAUAUACCUACCUUCAGCUGCUGUUUUCUCCCCCUCAGAACCUUCACUUCCGGGUUCACAAUAGACGUAUCCCGAGGACUGAACGAAAGUAACCUUGGAGACGCAAGAAAUAUUGCGCACGCAUGCUAAACAGCUCGUGGCCUCGGUAAUCGGAAGUGACGUUUCUGCAAACAGUUGCCGCGUAUCGAAAAUUGUCGCAGAUGAUUGGGGAAGCUUCGGCGGGAAGCUUCAGGUUUUCACGCGUCGCUGUUGUUAUGGUAACUCGCCAGAGGUCUUGGGGAGAGCGGAAGUAAAGGUUUCCCGCCAGUGCUGGUCUAAGUAAAGCGCUAGGUAUUUUGACAUGGCGGAGGUGUUUGAAGAGCCUCGGCCUCGCAUAGCCACAAGUCACCUGGCGCAGUACAUUGGGAAAGCCGUCUGUUUUGUGGGGCAUGUGGAAAAGAUCCACCAAUCUGGAAAAUUUUUCUUUCUGUCAGAUGGAGAUGGAAAAAGUGCAACUAUUGAGCUGAAUGAACCUCUAGAUGAAGAAAUUUCAGGAGUCAUUGAAGUAGUGGGAAGAGUUACAAAUCAAGCAAACAUAAUGUGUGCAUCAUAUACCCACUUCAAAGAAGAUAAAAGCAUGUUUGAUCUCCCAUUAUAUAACGAGGCUCUGAAAAUUAUCCAUGAAUUUUCUGAGUACUACCCUUUUGGGGCUGAGGCAUGAAUGCUGCUUUUUCUUACAACUUUAGAAUGGACAAUUCUGUUAUAUUUACUAUGCAUGAAUCUGUGGGCAAUGCACUGUUUGAGGACAGAAACUGUUGGAUUUGGAUCCUUGCUGGUGAAUCUUGGAGAAACUCUGUUUCUAGUGAAAAGUUAUAUUUUUCAAUAAAUUGGGAUUUGACUAUUUUA